AUGGAGCUCACCCGUUACGAGCAGGCCUCAGACUAUACAGACAGCGAUGACAGCUCUUACGCCAGCAGCUGCGAGGAUGCAGAGUCGUCGGAGGAUCCAGAUUCCCCAUGCAGCACACCGCGCUCGGAAGACCUGGUCACCAGCCUUCCGCUGGGGCCACUUCCUCCUGAAGGACAGAUUAGCCCGAAAAGGACAGUCAAGCCGAAGAUACCAACCCUAGGCCUGCGCCUAGAUGGAGGAGGCGCCCACAGGGGACCCGGGAGCGCAACUCCACGGACAGCGGUGCAGCCUGAGAGCGCAAGAGGGCGGCCAUCACUGUCCAUUCCAAGGCUUCCUACAGCGAGGGCUGCCGAGGACCCUGCUGCAGUUCGUGAGCCGCCCGCAGCUGCUGCACUUGCAGCGCCAGUGCCAAGGUGGUCUCAGCAUAGCAGCGCGAGAGCAUCGUCUCUGCCCACGCCACAGCCGGUUGGGCUUGACCGUUGUGAUGGAGAGGCCAGUUAUGCAGCAGCCGUAAGCAUAAGCCUGAUGUCCGAUGCCUUUGUACUGGAGCAGCAAGGGACGAUCAAGGGGCCCCAGCUUGCAUCCAAUGCGCUCGAAAAAUUCAGUGCAGCCCUGGGAGUCAGGCAAUCUGAGCUCACCUUGUAUGAGGUCAGGGAGGUGAAAGAGGGCAUGCAGCUGGCUCCAAGGACGAGCAAGCUUGCUGUUGCAGUCACGAAUUCAGGUUUCUCCUUGGGAUCCGUUGAGAAGCUGUUAGCGGAGAAUAGGCGGCUCAAGGCUGAGACCGAAGCAGAUGCGAAGGAAUUGGAGUCUGCCCGGAGGCAGUGCAGGGGACAGCAGGCAGAGGCGCUGUCCAGGGCGCAGAUUGCAGCGGACCAGGCAGCAGCAAAGGAGGCAGAGACAGCGCAGCUGAGGGAGGUGUGCCAUGUGCUGAAGAGCGAGGUGACAUCAUUGAGGGACCAGCUGAAGCGGUCGCACAGCCUGCGGCUGCAGGGGCAGAAGGCGCUGGACGAGCUGAAGAGCGAGUUCGAGGCCAUUACUAAGGACCUGGCCGCCGGCGACGCGGCCGCCUCGCUGUCCGCCACAUCAGCGCUGACUCACGACGCAGGGGACUCGCCAGUGAAGCAGCACUCGGGAGCACUGCAGCCGCUGCAGCAGCAGGAGCGCAUCGCAAGCAUCCUGGAAAAGUUGUGCGAUGAGACUGUGCUGGCGCGGCUAGAGAGCUGCUUUGCGCAGGCCGGUCUCUAG